AUGAUUAAAAUCGUGCUUCUAUUUUCGGUGGUAUUUAGCCUAACUCAAGCGAAAUCCUGUCAUGAAGGUGAAUAUUUGGAUCCCAGUGGAGAAUUGUGAGUUUACCCUGGAAAGAGCUAUUUUUCACCCAGUGAGUUUUCAGAUGUUACAUUGUGAAUAGUCAAUAUGCUCAAUUCGGGAGUGCCGAAAAAAUGUGUCAAAAUUACGCGGGCUACAAUCUAGCCAAAAUCCCCACCGCCAUCGACAACAAUUUCCUGACGCAACUCACUUCAAAACUCGGAAAAACGUUCUGGAUCGGAUUGCAGAAGGAUGUGUCGAGCGACAAAUUUCAGUGGAUCGAUGGAACACCGUUGACGUUUCAGAAUUGGGCUGGAAAUGCGGAUGCGGAUCCGAGUACGUGUGGAUUCUUUAAUUCGACUGAUGGGAAGUGGAGACAGGCGAGAUGCUCUUAUCAGGCACAUGUUAUUUGUUCGGGACCAGCGAGAGAUGAUGGACCAAGUGAGUUUUGAUUGGAAAAAGCUUAGGCUUAGCUAAGGUGUUAGGCUUAGGGUUAGCUAGGAUUUUAGGAUUAGGCUUGGCUAGGACUUUAGGCUUAGGCUUAGCUAGGAUUUUAGGCUUAGACUCAGCUAGAGUUAGGCUUAGGCUUAGGCUUAGCUAAGGUGUUAGGCUUAGGCCUAGCUAAGGUCUUAGGCUUAGGCUUAGCUAGGACUUCAGGCUUAGGCCCCUAAUCUUCUCCAAAUUUGCAGCUGUAUCUCCACCAACACCACGAAAAGAAACCGAAUCGCUAUUCUUCGUAUUAGACGCCGAAAGUCUCGGAGAUCCAAACAGCAAUCAAAUCGCCAAAAACUUCUAUGGAAAACAGCGCGAUUUCGUGGUCUCCUUGAUCAAAACCCUCCUGGCUAACCCAAAUUCAGGCUCAAAUACAUGCUCAUAUUUGGCCGGAUAUUCGAUGUAUGGAUAUAGUUUGAGUAAAUAUGAUUUCAAUAUUGGAUAUGCUAAUGAUCCAUAUGGCGUGAUUUAUGGACUUGGGACUACAAAUUGGGAUUCGACUACUAAACUUUUCUCCACAAUUUCUGAGUAAGGAUGGGUUACUUGGGAAAAAGGAUGACAAGGGGUGGCCGCUUGAAAUUAGUUCUAUCAAGGAGUGGCUGCUUGAUAUUAGUUCUAUCAAGAGGUGGCUGCUUGAUAUGUGUUUUGUCAAGCAACUGCUCCUUUAUAGAGAUUUGCAAGGCACGGAUGCUUGUCAUAACCAUCUCUAAAGAGUUAGUUCCUUCACAACAACAAGAUUUUCAAGCCGUGGCUGCUUUGGAACCUUUCUCUCAAGCAUCUAUCCCUCGAUACAAGGUCUCUCAAGCACCCACUCCUUGACAACACGCUUUCCAAAGCGCGGCUCCUUGCCACAACCACCUCUCAAGCAUCCAACCCUUGAGACUCCUCUUUUUUUUCCAGCGCAAUAACUGGUGUCAAAACUUUCACCUGGAAUCAAACCCCAUCAGAUUUCGGAUACUCAACUCUGAUUUUCCUAACGGCUAGGUAACUUCAUUUUUUUUUAUUUUCCGAAUUCCCUCCAAAAAAACCCCUAAGCUUUUGCAGACAAGACUUAUCAAAUCUCCCAAUUUUCGACUCUCCACCACCACAAUUUGAUGACGUGAUUGUGUUGACUUUGAAUAACUCGCAAUUCAAAACCAGCUAUCAAAAAUUGGCGAUUUCUUCCAGUUUUUCGAAUAAUGAUAUUAAUUUAGUUUUGCCAUAUUUGCAGUGUCAUUGA